AUGAGCUCAUUUCUUGUUGCAUACGAUGACGAAUCCGAGGAAGAAGAUAAUAACAAUAACAACAACAACAACAACAACAACAACAACAACAAUAUCAUAAAUAAUAACAAUAAUAAUAAUAACAGCAACAAUCAAAUUAAAGAUGAAGAUAAUAUAUAUAGUUAUAAUAAUGAUACAAUAAUUUCACAAUCACAAGUCCAACCUAAAACGGUUACUCUCGGUUUAAAUAAUAAACUAAAUCAAAAGAAAAUACAACAAACACAACAAAUACAAGAAAAAGAUAAAUUAAGCAGUGAUUUUAAUUUUUAUAAUAAUAAUAACAAUAGUAAUAGUAAUAGUAAUAAUGACGAAAAUGAUGAUUUCAUAUAUAAUUCAAAUAAUAAAAAGAGGAACAAUAUAGAUAAUGACGCCGAAGAAAUAAAUGAAUUUAGAAAUCCCGAUUUAAAAAACAAACCAAAAUCAUCUCAUUCAUUAUUUUCAAUGUUACCAACUCCUAAAAGUUCUCAAAAUACCACCACCACUCAGCAAUCAUCUUAUUCUUUUCCAAAACCUGUAAAUAAUAAUAAUAAUAAUAAUAAUAAUAAUAAUAAUAAUAAUAAUAAUAAUAAUAAUAAUAAUAAUAAUAAUAAUAAUAAUAAUAAUAAUAAUAAUAAUAAUAGUAAUAAUAAUGAUGAUGAAAAAGAUGACGAUAAAAGUAAAAAAAUAAAUGAAAAUGAAAAUACUGUAAAUAAAAAAGAUAAUAUUGAAAAUCAAAAUGAAAAUCAGAAUGAAAUUGAAAAUGAAAAUGAAAAUAAUAAUAAUGAAGAUACUAAAAAAAAAAUUAAUAAUUCAAUGAUACCUGGCUCAUUAAGAAAGAAACUAUUAAAAAAUCAACCAAAAACUAAAAAAUCAACAACAACAACAACAACAGCAACCACAACAACUACCACCAUUACCUCUGUAAAACCUAUAACCACAGAAAUCAAUAAUAAUAAUAGUAAUAGUAAUAAUUUACCUUCCAUUCCGAUUGGAAAUGAAAAAUCAAAAAUCAAUGAUAACCAAGAUGAAGAAGAUGAAAAUGAAAAUGAUGGUUUAUUUUUUUCAUUCCAACAAUCUUCAACUAAUAAUAAAAAACCACAGCAAGAAGAAAUUGAUUACUCUGCAUAUAUUAACAAUGAUGAUGGUGAUGAUGAUGAUGAUGAUGAUGAAAAUGAAAAUGAAAAUGAUAGUCAGCCAGAGGAAGAAUAUGAAGAGAAUAAACAACAACAACAACAAGAGUGGACACAAGAACAAAUUCAACAAUAUUGGUAUAUGCAACAACAGGAGCAACAACAACAACAACAACAACAACCAUUCAAUUUAAAAAGUCAACAACAAUAUCAACAUUACCACGAAUAUAAUAAUGUUGGUAAAAUAUAUGAGGUUAAUCAAUCUAAAAUGUUAGAGGAAAAUAAUAGUUUCAAAAUAUUAGAGUUAAGAAAAACAACUCAAGAACAGGAUCGUGUCCUUGCGAAUAUCCCAAAAGUAUCAAAAUCUCAAAGACAAAAGCAUACAAUUGGUUCCCUUUUAGGUGAUUACCAAACCAAAAAAUAUAAAUUUGAAUAA